GGGUGGGUAGGGAGGGAGAGUGGCAGAGGGAACCUGACCUUGCCCCGCCGAGAGAGGGAAGAGAGUUUGGCCAGCCCGCCGGCAAAAGCGUUGUUCCCCAGUCCCAAAGAGGAGGGGUGGAAUGGACGGGUUUCUAACUCCCAGGGAGUCCGCAAAAUUCAUUGCGGAAAACAGUCGGGAUGUAUUCAUUGACGGCGGAGGUGUGCGGAGGGUGGCUGAGCUGCUGCUCCCCAAGGUCUCGGGUCCGGAGCUGAGCCUGGCUAGCUGGAAAACCCUUCACGAGCUGAACCCCAAGGCGGCCGACGAGGCCGCUGUCAACUGGGUGUUCGUGACAGACACGCUCAAUUUCUCUUUCUGGUCGGAGCAUGACGAGCACAAAUGUUUGGUAAGGUACAGGGGGAGAACGUACAGUGGAUUCUGGUCCCUGUGCGCCGCAAUCAACAGAGCCCUUGACGAAGGCAUACCAAUCACUAGUGCUUCGUACUACGCCACAGUGACCCUGGAUCAGGUUCAGCAUAUACUCCGUUCUGACACCGACGUUCCCAUGCCUUUGAUAGAAGAGAGGCAUCGGAUUCUCAAUGAAACCGGGAAAAUUCUCCUUGAGAAGUUUGAAGGCUCUUUUCUUAAUUGUGUUCGAAAAAGUGAAAAAAGUGCACAGAAGCUAAUGCAUCUGGUAGUAGAAAGCUUUCCCUCUUACAGAGAUGUGACUCAGUUUGAGGGGAAAAAAAUUUCUUUUUAUAAACGGGCCCAAAUCCUCGUGGCAGAUACAUGGAGUGUGUUAGAAGGAAAAGGAGAUGGUUGCUUUAAUGACAUCUCCACUAUCACCAUGUUUGCUGACUAUAGAUUACCUCAGGUUCUUGCUCACCUGGGAGCCCUGAAAUACUCUGAUGAAUUACUGGAGAAGCUUCUCAAAGGAAAAAUGCUGUCAUAUGGGAAUAGGCAAGAGGUGGAAAUCAGAGGGUGCUCACUUUGGUGUAUUGAGCUGAUUCGAGAUUGUCUUCUGGAGCUUAUUGAAAAAAAGGGUGAAAAAAAUAGUGGAGAGAUCAAUUCCAUUCUUCUGGAUUAUUAUUUAUGGGAUUAUGCCCGUGAUCACAGGGAAGAUAUGAAAGAAAUUCCAUUUCAUCGAACACGUUGCAUAUAUUAUUGACCCAAAGUGUAAACUGAUCCAAAGAAAACUUCCUUUUUAUACCACACAAUCAUUUGUACAAUUUCACUUUGAUAUUAUGAGAAGGUUAAUAUCACUGAUUACCCAGUCUCACUUAGAACAUUGUUCCUGACAUAUUACUCUGUAUUCUCAGCUUUAUCCUUUUUUACUCACUUGGUUUUGACUGUAUUUUCCUUUUUUGUUGACACAUGACAGGAACAAUGAAGGAAUUUUAAUGCUUUCUUUAAAUUUCAGAUUUCUUAUAAUUAAUCAUGCCUUAUGUGAUUAUCUUAAGUGAUAAUAUUUUAUCUAUUCCAUUGGUAUCUUUUCUCAAGGUAUAGUAGUUUUCUAUGUAUCUUAAUCGUUUGCUGGGGGGAGGGUAGGGUCUUUGUUCUAUAAAUGCUGCUCUUAUAAAAAAUCUUGACAGCUUAUUUUACACUUUUUAUUGGUAAUGACAGUGGGUUUUUGUACAUGAUUUUCAAUUUAGUAUAUCUGUCUGUAUGGUAUUUUCAGAGUAACUACAUUGGAAUUGAAUAAAUAUUUUAAAAACUUCUUAAA